UCAUAUUGUGAAAUUUGUUCCUGAAGCAUAUUUAGAAAAGAAUAUAUAGAAAAAUAUCAUGCCUAAAGUACGCCGCAGCCGCAAACCACCACCAGAUGGCUGGGAGCUUAUCGAACCGACACUGGAGGAACUGGAACAAAAAAUGCGCGAAGCUGAGACUGAGCCACAUGAAGGCAAGCGCAUCACAGAGUCGCUGUGGCCCAUCUUUAAGAUCCAUCACCAGAAGACGCGCUACAUAUACGACUUGUUCUAUCGCCGCAAGGCCAUCAGCCGUGAGCUGUACGACUACUGCCUGAAGGAGAAGAUCGCCGACAUCAAUUUGAUAGCCAAAUGGAAGAAGUCUGGCUACGAAAAUCUAUGCUGCUUGCGCUGCAUCCAGACACGCGACACCAACUUCGGCACCAACUGCAUUUGCCGCGUGCCCAAGUCCAAGCUCGAGGAGGGUCGCAUCGUAGAGUGCGUCCAUUGUGGUUGCCGUGGCUGCUCCGGCUAAGCCCUUAGCUAGAAUUUUUUAUACACAAUUAGGACA